AUGGAUAGUAAUUCUUAUCGUGUUAACAUAGUCAAGUGGUUACCUUUUGUUGACUCGAAACUCGAGUCAUGGUUUACAAACAUUAUAGUAUUACAUAAUACAACAAAAAAUCUUGCAGAAAACAUUGCUUUAAUGACUGAAGAAGUUUCGCGUUCCAACAACAUUUCUAAUCUAGAGUUUCUGAAUGAUUUACCAAAUAAUUUCGAAAAAAUCAUUGAAGAUUAUAAAAAUAUUGAUGCUACGCGAUCUUCUUUGAAAAAUAUAAAAAGUAUUUAUAAUUACAAAAUGCAGUAUUUAAUGGAAACAAUCAAGAAGCUUUUAAAUGUUACUGCAAAAUUAACUUAUAAUUUGAUUCAACAAAUGGUGACUUGUGACAAUGAACAAUCAAUAUUCAUAUUAUUCAAAUUAGUUAAAGCAUAUAAUGAUUCUCUUCAUCUGGACUUUGCUAAGAUUGCAGAUCCUUCAGUAAAUAUUUUUUCAAAUGACUGUCCUUUAAUGUUAGAACCAUUAAAAAAUAUGUCAAUAAUACGUAUUCUACAAACAUUAGCUAAGAAUAAAGCUGAAGAUUAUUGUCAAGAACUUAUUGAAUGUCUUUUAAAAAAUUAUUGGCCUCAUAAUUAUGAGAAUAUAACAUCUUCAGCAUCUGUUGAUUUAGACAUUAAUGAAAAUUCUAGCGCUGAAAUUUAUCGAGCGUUAAUAAAAAAUUUAAGUCCUCCAAAUACAAUGGCGAGAUCAAAAUCAGGAUCACGAAAAGAUAUAAGUGCAAUGAACGUUGAAAAUCUUGAAACUUUAAUUCAAAAUCAAUUAAAACCAGUAGACAAAUUUGUAAAAAUUGCAAAAGACAUUUGUCCUCAACUAUUUUUAUCUAAUAAUACUAAUUUAAAUAAGAAUGAAUCAAUUAAAAUUAAAAAAAGUACCUUAGCUAAAGUGUCAGAUUACUAUCAGCAAGCUGUAUGGGCUUCAAUAUCAGAGAUUUUAGACCAUGUAAUACUUUGGUGGUCAUCAGACAGUAUUGCUGUCCACCAUAAUCAUAGAGCUCAUUAUCUUAGAGAUUGGUUGCAUUUAUUUUUGCAAAGUUCUAUCAAUGUGCCAAUGAAUAUAAAACCAACUCUUCAGAAUUUAUGUGAUACACUAGGAUGUCAUAUUACAACAACAUCCUGGGACGAGUUAUUUAGGCUUGCUUAUGUUGCGUCAUUUAAAUGUUCUUCAAGACCAUGUUCAUCAGAGAUAACAAACACUGGUCAGAUGUUUUCCAAAGUCUUCCAAUUACUUGUGAGUUUAAGUAAUGAAUGUGAAAUGAGUGGAGAAUGGGUCACUGGGGCACCAUUGAUGGAAUUACCACUUUCUGAACAAAUAUUAGUUCUUCAUCGACUAGAUCAUUCUGUUCAUACAAUGAGAUUAUGGGCAACACAUGAAUCUAAAGUAAUUGCUCAUACUUGGGAUCUACAGAGUUUUUUUCUUAUAGUAAAAGGAGAUAUUAAAAUUUGUAUCACUGAAUUAUCACGCCUAAGACUCGCUGACCAUAUUCCAUAUCCAAAUAUCGACAUGAUCAGCGUUCAAGUUUAUGUUUGCGUAAAAAUGAGAGCCAAAAUUGUUUCUGAGGUCAAUGCCAAUAUUUUAUUGCUCAAAGAAUCUUCAAGCAAAUGCAUUAAUACUUUAGCUAAAAUAUGUCGAGUAAUUAGUUUAGCCAAUUUACACAUGUGUUUUCCACCAUCUUCUUAUUGGAGAAGAACUAGUAUUGUAUCAAAUAUUACUACCAGUUCAUAUGUUCAAGUAUAUUUAGAUCAAGUUUUACUGCCAGUUUUAGAAGUAGUUGAAGACUAUGAAAUAUCCAACAUGGUAUUAAAAUUAAUGUGUGAAGCAUGGCUAGAUUAUAUUUAUCUCCAUCGAUUUAAAUUCACUGAGUUAGGAGCUUAUCAGCUUUUAACAGAUUUUGCAUUUGUGAGUGAAUGGGUUACCAAGUGUCCAAUUAUUUCGCAGAAUGUUAAAGAACAUUUAUUAAAAAAUGAAGUCUUACGACGAUGUGAAGGAGUAGGACGACUUCUUCUUCGACAUCCUGGAGAAGCGAUUGCUAUGAAAAAACGAAUAACUAAAAGAGCAAGUGAUAAUGAAUCUCCAGCGUCUUUAGGAUUAGAACGAAUGCCUGCUGAGAUGUAUGUCCCCAAUCAAGAACAAUGGUUAGAACUUCGUGCUGAAGGAUAUUACAAAUUGCAUUGCUGCAGCUAAUAAUAGUACUAAGAAUGAUUAAUUAAUUAAAGUGGAUUAAAAGUAAAUCGUCAAAGUAGUUUUACUC